CCUCUACCAGUUCUGCUCUUGUUCGACGAGGCAUGUGUUGUCGCACAGGAACGCGCGCGACGCGUUUAGGGCCGGGUCUAUGGGACUACGAAGAGACUAAUCUGACUAGGACUGCCUUGUAGACCAUCCUUGAAUAUCAUUAACACUUCUUAACACUUCUUAGGUCUCAUUUGCGUUGGGCGGUUGCCUGCACAGGUUACAGCUUUAACACCCGGAAACCAGCUCGGGAGUUUUCUCUAACGCAUUACGUAGUCCGUCAUCCCGAUCCGAGAUUCGACUCCCAUGAGCAUCAGACGGAAAAGCACCACACAUGAUCUGGCAACCCUACGCCUUCACCCAGAUGGCUCGCGAGUCCAACAAUCAUCUAUCAACAGAAGCACACGCACAGCUCCAUCAACAGUUCCAGACACCAGAGGAAACUGGAUCGCCCGGGAUGCAGGGGGUAAAGCUGUCGUGCGUAAAACUAGAAAUGCGAGUGCUAAGGCGGAUGAUGAGGAUGGAGAGUUUAUUGAUAUUCGUCUUUCGGAUGAGUUGGGCGAGGAUGAAUUCACGGUAGGGACAGGUAAGAAAGGCAAAGAAAAGGUGAUUGAGAGCGAUGAGGAGGACAGUACCAGAGACCGUACCGGCAAGAAUUUCAGGGCGAGGAAACGACGCAGUUUCACAGAGGACUUUUCAUUCUUGGAACCCACACCCCCGCAUCUUGCCUUUCCACGAUCAGAAUCAACCUCCGAAGGCGACUCCUCCUCUUCGUCUUCGUCCUCGUCCGAAACUGAUUCGGAAUCGGAAGAGAUCAAAAUCACGCUCCCGGACCCACCACCCGAGCUGUUAAAAUGCAUUCACCACUUCGCCAGCCGUUACUAUCAGGAAAGGGGCGUUUUGUCCGACAGAAGCAAGGGUUACCGAGACGAGAGGAAAGCCCAGCGCUCCAAAAAGAGUGUGUCUAAUAUUCACGAUCAGACAACAAGCCAUCCGGCACUGUGGACGAGGGAUUCUUCCCUCGAGGCAGAUGACGACGACGAUCAAUUGGAAGAUGAGAAAGAUGAGCCGGGGGAUGAGGAAGAUGAAUGGGAAGACGAGGAAGAUGGCGAAAACGCUUCCCGCAACGAAGAACAUAAAGACAUGUACAAGGCUCUUGACGGCUCAGCUUUGGUUGCAAUAGGAAUCAUUCUCCAGGAGCAAAUUGCGCACGCAAUGAUCACUGGCUUCUCCGGUACUCAUGCAAACCGAGUGCGACAGCGGGACUAUUCGACAGAACGAAGCUCUUACUCACCUUCACUCGAAUCCGAUUGUUAGCACCCUGUUCGUGUGCGCGCAGUAGUAUAUUAUAUUCCAGCGUAAUAAAUGAAUUAGAUGACAAGCAAAAAGAUGAGGAGAAAU